ACUCAUGCUUAUUACAACAAAAACGUCCACUUUUUUUUUUGGGUGCUUUUUUUUGGUCAUAAGAGUAAAAUGAAUUCGAUGUCCAAAAGAGCCAUCUUUCCAAGACAUUCUUUUUGGCACAUCAAAACGGAGGGGUACAAAAAAUUUCUCUUUUCUCGCGAAGGCUCCUACUAACACACACCGUUUCCAGUUAUUUACUACACAACAUUAAAAACGCGCUUUUUACCUUUCCUUCCCAUCCUUUCCCUCCACUGCACGCCACGUCACCAAGCCUCCCUACCCAGCACCAAAUCUUUAACGGAACCCGCCCCGUCGGAUCGUCCAGGUGCGUAUGCUUCAACGGUUUAGAUUAUCGCAAAGUCGUCGACAGCUGGACCCACCAAAUAUGGGGCCCACGAUCCCUCUUUUUGGUAAUUCUUCACCACUUUCGAUGUAGGGGGGACGAAAUUGGGAAUUUUGGCUGCACAGCCUCACCGAACUGUACGUAAAACGUCAAGUCCCACUCAAAUAUAUAUACGGCACACCCCACACUCUCCUCCACACUCUGCCUCUCUCCGUACACUCACACUCUCUCUCUACCUCUCUCUCUCUCUCAUGGAGGACACAGACAGGGGAACGCUUAAGAGGCCUGGAGGAGACGAAGCGUUGGAGGAGAAGGCGGUGAAGAGGCAGCGAGAUCUGGAGAUGGAAGGAGAUCAAAACGACGACAUUUUGACUCUGCUGUUCAACGAACCCGACGAGACGCUCAACGAGGUGAUGAAGCUUCUGGACGCGGCGGACAACGGUGUUAGUUGUACUACUGGGGCGAAGGUGAGGUUCAUCAACGACCCGUACUCGCCGUCGUCGUACUUCACCGUCAACGUCAACGUCAACGAGGAGAGCUGCGGGUCGUCGUUCUCGGAGCUGGAGUCGACGUGCAUGGCGGGAGUCGACAUAUGCGGUGGCGGGCUAGGCAUUGGAGCGGAGGUUAUGGGUUUGGAGUUUGAUAGGUGGUUGAUGGAGGAGGCGAAUGAGGAGAAGGGCGGCGCGUGUGGUGUAAUCGAGGAGGCGGCGCGUGGUGGCGGGUUGGACAUGGAGGCAGAGUGGGAUGAUGCUGCGCUGGCGAGGUUCAUAGGGGAAGACCUAUUUUGACCUCUCUCUCUCUCUCUGUGUCUCUCUCUCUCUCUCUCUCGCAGUGGCAGAGUGUGUGUGUUGUUUGUUGUCUCUCAAACUGAACAACAUGGGACGGGGGGGUAUGGAAAUGAAUUUUGGAGGGUUUAGGAAGAAAUGGGUUUUUAUGAAAGGCGGCAUGGCCAGAGGGGUAGGUGCGUUUUAUUUUCUACACAGACUCAGAGUAGUCUUCUGCAGGAAGCUAGCUACAGAUGAUAAAAGAGAAGAGAAUAGGAUAUUAUUAGGAUUGUCAAUUAGCAAUUUAGGGGGUACACAGAGAAAAAAGAAAAAGAAAAGGUGAAAUGUUCAUUUUGGGUAUGGCGUGUGCAUGUGGCCGUCUGGUAGUAGUAGUACGUACAGUGCUGAGCUGACUGCAAAAAGAACAAAUACAGAGUUUUAUUGAAAAUAUAUUUGCCUUUAAA